AUGAUUAACCAGGCCCCAUCCAACUGUGGCCACUCCGUUCCAAUUUUGAAUGGGAUUUACUUUCGAGACAAGGAAAGUAAAAAGAAAGGGAAAGAACGCAUGUUCCAAUUGAUAUUCCAGAGACAUGAGACAGGUAAGUACGAGGAUUCACUCAAAUCAUUCAUGAAGUGGCCCUCAUCGGCCAACAUUGGCACCAAUAUCGUUGGUUCUAAGGGCAUUUCCAGCAGUUGGAAUCUUGCCAUGGCAAGGGGGGGGCUAGGGGGGACACUAUUCACAGGAAUAGUGUCUGCCCUUGCAAAAAAUUUUCAAAUUUAA